UCUUAAACCCUAAAAAACCAAAGUAGAUCGAAGUAACUCCCAGUGUUCCAUUUUCUUAAGAACCAAAAGAAAAAAAAAUGACAAAAAUUCCAUCAAAAACCCUAAUAACAAAUCUCAUCUCCUCCCGUAUCAGAAUUCUCCAUCAUCGAUCUCUCAGUACAGCAACAGCAUCUUCAACAGCAACAGAAACUCAAACACAAAAGCUAGAAAGAAUCGCAGAUCAACUAAUCGACUUAACAAAGUUCGAGAAACACGAUUAUGGGAUUUUGUUCAGAUACAAAUUGGGUUUACAUAAAUAUGGUCCAGCAAUUUCAGGUCUCAAUGCAUCAGGCGGUGGAACUGCUGGAGGAAGUGGAUCAACAGCGGCAGCAGCAGCAGAUGCUGUUGAGAAAGUGGCAUUUGAUUUGAAACUUGAAAAGUUUGAUGCAGCUUCAAAGAUUAAGAUUAUUAAAGAAGUGCGAAGUUUUACUGAUUUGGGAUUGAAAGAAGCUAAAGAUUUGGUUGAGAAAGCUCCUGUUGUGUUGAAAAAAGGACUUACUAAAGAAGAAGCUAAUCCGAUCUUGGAGAAACUUAAAGAAUUGGGUGCUACUGUUGUAUUGGAAUGAAAUCAUUGAUUUUCAAUUUUGAUUUUGUAGAAUAAUAAUAACUUUUUUUUUUAAUUUUUUUUGGAAAUUAUGAAAUGAAGAUUUAGGUUAUCUCUAAUUGGGGA